UGUGUGUGUGUGUGUGUGUGUGUGUGUGUGUGUGUGUGUGUGUGUGUAGGGAUGAUGAUGACCACAGUGGUGACACACAGAGGGGCUGUGAAUGCUGUGCUGAAGUUCCAGACACCGGCCACUGGGUCCUGGUGGAGCCUGAGGUCUCCACAGAGAAGAGCAUUGCAACCUACAGCCUGAGCUCUACUGCAGGGAGCUAUGAGUGCUCUCUGUCUGGACUGCGUUGGUUAUCUCCUGGUCCAAUCAAUUUGCAGUACAGCUUCAUGGACUGGCAUGUCUUUGCUAAAGAGUUGGCCCACAUGCAGUGCAGUCCAGCUGGUCCUCUGAUGGACAUCAAGCUCACAUCAGGAGAGCUGGAGGAGAUCCACCUGCCCCAUUUCUUGUGUCUGAGAGCUAAUGAGGCAACUGUGCACAAUGCUGUGAGUGUCUUGCAUGGCCAUGACAGCGGAGUGUGUAUGGAGGUGUGUGAGCUGACCCGACACCAUACCAGACUUCUCCAGCCUUCCCUCUCUCUCUUGGGGGUAGUGUGGAGGAGAGUUUCGGAGUAUCUGUUCUCUCCCCAUGUGCACUGUGAGCUUUUGCUCUUCUGCACAAGUGCGGCUCCUUCUUUGACGCUCCAUGUCUAUCUGGUGCCAAAGGACUCAGCUCACAUCCAGGCCAUCCACCAGAAAGAGAGGCCUCGGGGGGUAUGGAUCGACAAACCGGGCACCGUGGCCCCACUCCAGCUGGAUGCCAGUGUCCGUAUGAGUACAUUGUGUCAGUCGGAGAUCCUUCCCAAGGAGAUGAAACUCUGGCCCCUUUCCACCUCCAACUACUCUGAGGUUUACAUAGAGGACCCAGUUGCCAGCUUUGAUGCCGACUUUAAAUUGGUGGUCAUCAGCCCUCCAGAGAACGGAGAGCCCAUCUGGGAGGCAAAGAUCCGUCGAGUUGACUACCAGCAAUGCCCACAGCAGCAGCCCAGCAGGACCCCAGUGGAUCCACAGCAGCCCAGCAGGAUACCUGGGCAGGUGAGCAGCUGGAUGGCGGCUGCCUUUCUGGAUAAGACUCGUCCGGAGCUCAUCCAGAGGGUCACAGAGGUGAUGCCCAUAGCAGACCAGCUCUUCUCCCAGAGGGUCAUUGGCCAGGAGACCUACGCCAACAUCCAGGCUGCUGCCACCAGUCAGGACAAAAUGAGGCUCCUGUUUGAGGGCCUGCGCUCAGCUGGGCCUCAAGGCAAACUGGCCUUCUACAGGAUCCUACAGGAACAGCAGCGAAACCUAGUGGCGGAGCUGUGGACUGCAAGCUGA